UGCAAUCGUAGAAAAUGUCAACUUUUGAUAUUUUCUUAAUUUUUCACUGUUUUCGGCGAAAGAAAUAGCUUACAAUCGUUAUUUAUUUUUGAAGAUGGAGCUAGUAAAAGAUGGAGAUGUCGAUAAAUCCAGUCAUUUAAGUGAUGAAUUGGUCGGAAGAAAGGGCUGUGAUCCCUUGUUAACGACAGCAAGAGGAAAGUUACAGAAGAGACGAUCCAAGCUCAAUGAUGAAAUCAACCGAGAACUACGGAUGAGGAAUGGGGCAGAAAAUUUAUUCAGGGCUACAGACAACAAACGACUGAAGGAGUUGGUCUCGGUUGAGCUGCUGUUCUUCAAUUCCAAUAUACAGCUGCUGAAGGAGGAGGUCUCAGAUCUCAACAGCAAUGUCCACAUCUACCAACAUGACAACUCACAUAAAGUUCCGAUGAUUCCUCUUGGACUGAAAGAAACAAAAGACAUUGACUUCAAAGUUGCUAUCAAAGAUUCAAUCCUUGAGCAUUACAGCGAGAAUGCGGAGAACUAUAACACUUCUGUACAGGAUCUUCAAGAAUUAAGAUUGGCGUUGCGGUAUCCACAAAGGAACACAUCUGGAGUGGAACUUCUGAUGGAAUACUACAAUCAGCUCUACUUUCUCGAGAAACGCUUCUUUCCGCCUGACAGACGAAUACCCAUCAUGUUUCAUUGGUAUGAUUCCCUGACUGGUGUGCCUAACAUCCAGAAAACCCUGACGUUUGAGAAGGGAAGUGUCAUGUUCAACAUCGGCGCCUUAUAUACACAGAUUGCUUGUAAACAGGAUCGGCACACCAAGGAAGGUCUACUGUUAGCAAUACGGAAUUUUGAGUUGGCAGGAGGAGCAUUUCGCUACCUACACAACCACUUCACUCAUGCGCCUUCCAUGGAUAUGCAACCCCAGACACUUACCAUGCUCGUACAACUAAUGAUGUCUCAGGCCCAGGAGUGUGUGUACGAGACAGUGUGUCUAGGUGGACUGGCCCCGGGGGUGGACCAAUGUUCGCUAGCAGCACAGGAGGCUGCCAUGGUAUCUCACAUGUAUGGUGACACCGGGAGUUUGAUGUCGGGCGAGCAUGUUAAAGACUACAUUCCCUACAGUUGGCUGUCUAUGGCCCAGGUGAAGAGGGAGUAUUAUCGUGCAUUGGCUUAUCAGCACAUUGCAGAUGCCUUGCUGGACGAACCUGACAGCAUAGACUCCACAAAGAUAAUAGAGCUCAUGUUGUGCCUAUCCAGUGAAGAGGAUGACGAUGUCCCAGAUGUCAAAGUCCCCCAGACGUUUGAUGACAGGAAGCAGCUUGCCAAGGCCCAUCUAGCCGAGUCCCUGAUGUGCCAUGAGGAAGCGCUACGUCUACAUGACAUGUGUCGUCAGAUGCGGAAGGUCGACACCUUCCUCUCGAUUCUCAAAAGAGCCCAUGAUAGAUGUGUGUCCAAGUUUUCAACUCUGGAGGAGGAAGAUGACUUUUCAGAGGUGAUCACGGCCCCAAGUGUCAAAGCAGCUACCCAGCAGGUGGUUGCCCCGGUAACCCCAGAGUUUGCCAAGGUCAAGGUUCAUGAGUUCUUCCAUAAACUGGGUCCCAUAGCCCUUUUCAAUGCCCGCAACUACUGGACUGCCCCUCGGAAUGUGGUACUGGACCGAGCCACAGACCAGGGGUUCGGCUUCAGUGUCAGGGGGGACUGUCCGGUCAAGAUUGCAGAUAUGGAGCCUGGCAGUGUUGCAGAGCAAGCCAACAUCAAUGUCGGAGACUUUAUAGUAGCUGUUGGUGAUGUCGACACAAAACGUGCAAAACACGACGAGGUUGUUAAUUUGGUGCGUAAGUCUGGCAUCCAUCUUGUGUUACGUCUCAUAACGCCCAUGAACCAAGAAUGUCUCGAUGCUGGGGGCGCAUCAUCUGCGCCCAGUACGCCCAAAACUCCAAUGAGAAUGCAAAGUCCUGGACAUAGUCUUUCAGGGGCGAGCAGUAAAAGUGGGAAAAGUAGUCGAUUAAGUGCCCCCUGGAUUUUUGCAAGAAAGGGUUCGAAAGAUAAGGAAGAGACUGUCAGUAGAAAUGACGAGUUUAUUUUGCUCGGAGAUGAUUCAGAUAAGUUUAGUGAUCAUGACAUUCUCAUGUGAUCUGUUGGUUUUCAUUUUUUUUUCAUUUGCCUGCGGGCUCUCCAGCCUCCUUUUUUAUCCUUAUUUUUGAAGUUUUUAUAAGUUUAUUUGAAAAGGCCUAUUUUUUCUACUUCUUUUUAAAUUCUGAUAGAUUACUUUCAUCUUUAUUCAUUAAUUUUGUUCACCAAUUACUUUUUGAGACCGAAGUGGCGCAUUGUUGACAAUCAAAACAUAUCUGACCUGAGGGUGGCCUAAUGGCUUUUAAUAUUCCAACAAAUUAGAAAUGUCAUCUGAGGAUUAGUUUCAUCACUGAUUUCAUGAAAUAGGUACAAGACAUUAAAUUCUAUUAAUUUGUGUAAAAACUCAAAAUUUGAUUCCUUCUUUCCUAUUGGACACUACUGGAGAGCCUGUACCAUCGGUUUAUCGUAUUUUUGGUUGUUAUUUGAUAAAGCCCUGUUCAUUUACUGUAUAUUAUCAUCCAUGUUUUAUAUGCUGUAUGUGCUGCCAUGUUUACGAAGUAUUUUUGUACAACAGCAAGUAUUUUCAUAUUUUUUUUAUUCUUCUAUACAUGUUCUUUAUUUAGACAACUUUUGUGACAGUUUUGACACAAUCCCAUUUUUUAGUCAUUCGUUAUGAUGUGUGAUCUUUAAUGUAAAAAUCUCAUUCGACACAAAUCUUCAUAACCUAAAUUUUAAUACCUUCAUUAUAGAAUUUCAUUUUACAUGAAAUAUUUGUAAAUUUAUCAAUUAUUUUGUGUGAUUUUUUAGAAUAAUGUUAAGCCACCUAUAUUUUUAACUAUGCGAAGAAUUUUUUUAUUUAUACAUUAUGUUCAUUCAUAAAUUGUGGUUUCUCAACAGAACCCACUUUUGAAAGCAUGGAGUCUUUGUAAUGGCAGAAUUUUUUUCUUAUCCAAGGUAAUGCCCCUUUUUGGACAUGACAUAAAAAUUGUGCCAAAAAUUGUUUUAUGUGCCUUUUGCUUUUUUUAACUAUUACUUGUGGAAAUAUUGUUUGUAAUAAGUAAAGAAGUAAAUAUCCAUUAAUAUAAUUUUCCUAUGUUAACACUGAUGCUGAUCUUUUAAGUUGCUAGAUGAACAAAUUUGUUCUGUAACUGUACCUCUGUUGUGACAUUAAUUUGUAUUAAUAUUUUGUCUGAAAUGUGUGUGUUAUAAGGGAGAUAGUCUAUGCAAAAUGGGGAUAUUUUUUCCUACUCUCAAGUCAGAACUGUGAUCAGCUCUGUCUUAGCAAAAUUAAACAGUAUUGUACAUAUGUUCAGGGUUCUUGAAGCAGUUUUGUGGACAAAUAAGUGUAAUUAGGGAUUCUCUUACAAAUUAUACUGUAUAUCAAUAUUUGGUUGUUGUUUGUACAUACAUUGUUUAGGGGUAUGAAAAUAAAUUGUAGGAUAAGGAGAUGAGGUUAAAUAUUUAAAAAUAUAACUUGCUUAAUUUGAAGUUAUAUUUGCAGAGUAAUGAUGUUAUAAUAGUAGGCUCAUUAAUUAGAAAUUAGCUUUUAAGACUAUAUUCAUGCAUAAUAAUGUUUAUGAAAUGCCAUUAUAUUCUCCAGGAUUUAUGAUACAUUUUUACAUCACUCUAGGGUUAAUAUAUCAGUAUUGAUUUUUUUUUGCCUCAUUAUAAAUGUUCUCAUUGAGAUUAACACAAACAUGUAUGCAGAUGAGCUAUAACAUUGUCAUACAGAGUUAAAAAUAUAUGACUUAAGUAGCUAGAAUAAAAACCUACCAAUUCUAAAUGUGAUAAAUAGAUAAUACAAUUUGAACACUUGGUUUCAUGUUUUGUUUAAAAAGUCUUUUCACCAUUUUGUCUCAUGAAUGUGUUUGCCCUAGUCAUACUUUUAAACUAUGUUGAAUUAUACACUGGACGACGCUUCUAAGCACUCAUUACAGGCUCAUGCCGCAGCCAAUGGGAUCUCUGGAAAGAUUCACAUUUAAUAAUUUAGAAGAGUUCUGACAACUAAAAAUCCAUUUAGCCGUUAAAAACCAAAAAAUUAGUUACAAAAACAACUGCCAAAAUUUCAGUCAUUAAUUGGUUUUAUUAAGUGAGUAAUUUAGAAGCUUGUACAUGUAUGCACACUUGCUGAUAUAAAGGUAUUUGUGGGGCAUUUCCUGCUGAAGAAAGUUGGCAUUUAUUUUUGGCUUUUGUUCUUUAUCAUUGGUAAAUAAUUAUGCGGUGCUGGACUGUACUUGGCUUACUGACUUUCUUGCUAAGAAAACCAAAAAAAAUAAACACAAAAUAAGGUAUUACAAAGUUCUUUAUUUAAACAGUGACUAGAUAAAGGUUUGAUGAAGACAUAGAUACUACCGUUGUUUUCUCCUUGAUAAGUUAUUUCCAGUGCUGAUGCAUGUUUUCAUGUAAAUGUAGGUUAUUUUAUUUAAUAUAACAAAAAUAUUUUAAAUUAUAUUUUUUUUAAUAGUGCAAUACAGUAUUUUAUGAAUAAACUUUUUAAAUUUUUACACAUUUUAAUGUAGGACAUUUUUUUUUGUGUUUAGUACUUUAUUUAGGUGUAACGUAACUUGAUGUUUGUAUUUACAAAGUAUUAAGAGUUUAAGUAGUUGAAGUGCAACAAGCAGGAUCUUAUAGUUGAUACUGUAAAUAAUCUUUUGGUCUCACAUGAGGUAUGUUACUCGUAAAAAGAGGUGUUAACUACCAAAAAGUCCUUAAAACAGGUCCUUUUAAACAUGGGAUACCAUGGGUGCUGCUGUUCUGUUUUAGUCACCUUUUUUUCUAUGCUUCAAGAUUACGUAAAAUUGACAUUCCGGUACUUACUUUACCAAGACCCAUUUCUGCUUGCUGUGGUCAAGGGACAUGUUUCAGCUUAUGAUUUACAGUCAUAUAUAUGUAUACAAAGUUCAUAAUUCACUGUCAGCCAGUGAUGAUUACCCUGUAUUAUAGGGUGCUUUAACAAAAAUAAGGCAACAAAAUUAUCAACUUUUGUUAACUAAAAUAAGGCAAUGAAAUAAUCAACUAUCAACUAGGCAGUAAAGAAAAUAUUUUUUUUUAUAUUUUACAGAAUUACAAUUUUAUCCAUAAAAACAGCUAUAGCAUGAUAUGCAAGUCAUAGUCAAGUCUUCCAAAUGAUUUUGCUCCUAUAUAUAUAUAUAGACUUGUUUCAUUUUGUACUUGUGGUUUUGUGUUAAUCUUUUGUAAAUAAUGGUUUUAUAAUUUUGAUUUUACAUAUUCAAAACUGGCUAUAUUCCCUAUUAUUUACAAGAUCAGUUCCCAUUUUCUACCAUUAUUUAGCAAAGGAUAUUUUGAAUACUCUAAAGGUAUACUAUUUCCUUCCAAUUUUAAAUAUUGUAUAGAAUCUACCAUAUAGAUGACACCAAAUGAAAAACCAGUAUAUGCAUUUUAGCUCAUAAACUUUAUUUAUUUAACUUUCUUGAAUAUAAUAGUUUUGCACUUCUUUUGAAAAAAAUAUCCAUUCCGAUAGCCGAUCAGAAAGCAAAAAAAAAUCACCAUGUGAAAAAAGGCGGCAAAUGCAUUGGAUGGAUGAAAUCCCUGUUUUUGCAGGCUUCGUGCAAGACAGUUUAAAUUCUGUGCAAUAUUGCAUCAGUUUUGCACUAACCCUCAACAUUGUGCAAAAAAGUGUAGUUUUGGGAUUUUUACUUCUACUUCUAGUUAUUUGUCUGUACUGAAAAUCACUGUUUUGGUAUUUACAGGUUUUUUAUUUGGUAACAUCGAUAUCCCUUCGCAGUUUAGGACUGUUAAGUGAACUAAUCUCUUAUAUUUGCAAGAUUAGUUUCUAUCUUGGGUUGUAUAUCAUAUCCUUCCAGAAAUCCACAUGUUAAAUUAAACGAUUCUGAAAGUUCUGUGAUUCACUAAAUUUUAGAGAGAUGUUUUGAAGCUGUUAAAUUAUAUGUUUAGGCAAGCAAAUAGUCUAGAUGAGAUGUUUUGAAGCUGUUAAAUUAUACGUAUAGAUUUUAGUGAUGAUGUUGUUGAGUGAAGUUAUUACCGUACAUGUAAAUAUCACUGCUCAGUCCACAGAUGUGUCAGUUGUGUACCUAAACCUGUUCAAAUUCAAUGGAUUAAUGUAUGUUUUAAUAUAAUGUUAACUGUAGUCUAUUUAGUUAUUUAUAAUCGGAAAAAUAGAUCUGUCUUAAUGUUUAACUAUUCAUUUUACAAUUAUUGUGAUGAAAGUUGUAAUAACUCACUGUCGUUGGCAUGAUGUGAUGUGAGAGUGUGAUUUUGUUUUUGUGGGUGAAAACCGGAAUACUGGGUACCCCAAAAACUCACGUGACCCCCAACCAAAUUCCGUUAUGCCUGGCCGGAUUCAAACACGGGACGCUAGGUGAGAAGAGAGUAAGCUUACCACUUCCUUACCGGACAACCAAUGUUGUUGUUAUAUUUCAUGUCUAUUCUAUAAUUUUAGGUUGUUUUAUGGAGAACUAUGAUAUUAUUUAUGUUUUUGGUAGAAUUUAUUUUUGUAUAAAGACAACUCUACAUGAAUUGCCAUUUAAUAUAAUAAUCUAUGAAACAAUAUUAGGAAAAAGUCUAAUGUAAGUGUUUUUAUUUUAGAUUAUAUUUUUUUUUAGUACUGUUGUAUAAUGGAAUGUUUCUUCAAGCAUUAAAUGGUAGUUUCUAUUGCAUUAUAGUAAAAUUUAAAUUGUAAUGAUCGAGGAAUUUGACAAAAUGAAAACCUCAUUAUCUGAAAAGAGCCAGUAACAUUGUGACAAUCAAAUAAGUUUAUUUCUUCUGUUAACGUGGUGUUUAUUUUGGAUUCAUCAUAUUAGUUAUUCAUCAAAUGUUGCUCUUUUUGCUAAGCUUUUCACUAACAUGUUUUAUAAAGCACUUGUUUGGUUUGAUGUUGUUUAAUUGUGUGCUCUAUAGUUUUAUUUUAUUGUUUUGUUAAGAAUGUUUGUCCUGUCUGUUGAAAGUCAAAGGGGAUGGAAUAGUUAAAGGUUGAACAUUUGGAACAGACGAAAACUUGAUUUUAUUCUGUAAUAUUUACACCUCAACUUCCAUUUCUUAAAUUAACGUCCUUCUGGCAAUUGUGUAUAUUCAGAUGAAUGCCUGCGGAUAUGUUCGGACUCAACACACUUUAACCAGCCCAAAUGCAUUCGUACCCCGAUAAUGACAUCAAUUAGCAAUUAAUUCCUAAAAUAACAAUUUCAUUUGUUUUCCAUGUAAACAUUAUUUUUUAUACUCUAAUCUUUAUGAAAGCUCUAUUCUUAUUUGGUUUUUUAGCACUAAACAUUAUAUUUUAGUCUGAUUUGAAACAUUGUGAAGAACACUACCUACUGUUUAUAAGCCAAGCCCUUCAAGCAACUGAUAAGCCUAUGACUUUCAUUAGACAGAAUACAAUACAUCUGUCCAUAAAUAUUUUGAUGUUUAGUUUUUAUAACAAUAUAAAUUUGGUGAUAAGGCAAUAUGCAAAUACCAUUAUUCACUGGUGUAUUUGAAAUAUAUGCAAUAAAAAAAGAAAAGUA